UAGGUGGGUUCAAACUGGUUGAGUGAACUUAGCUGGAAGACAUGGCCCGGUGGGCUCCUGCCAGCCGGGAGGGCGUCAUGGCUCUGCCCUCCGCAGCCUUUUUACAAAGCAAAUACUCUGACAAGGCUCUGACACUCUAUGUCACCAAAGAAGGAUGUCCUCUCCAUUUCCUCAUUGUUUAAUUGACUGUUAAUGUGGGAUUCCUGGAUGAGCCUGGGGGUGGUCCAUGAAUCCUCUGAGAUUAUUAUACUAGGAAUAUCCACUUACAUUUCUGUCUCCUUCAUUAGAACAGCCUAUGAGCAACCUGAGGGGGUGAAGCAAGUUGAAACUAGAAAAAGAAAAGCAGCGUAUGUAUUGAUCCAUGAUUGAGCCAUAACUCAUUCACGUGACACUUAUUGAGUAUCUCGAACAUGCUCGCAGUUGAGGACCAGGCACACAGGAAAUUAGCAAACAGCAAAAUAAUAAUAAUGAUUGUAAUGUGCUGUGAUAGAGGAAGCACAUAGGAGGGACAUCUAAUGUCACCUGGAGAAUUGGGGGUUUUCUUCCUCAAGAGCAAACAUCAGCUGCUUCUGGAAAGAGACGUGAGAGUUGGGGGGUCCAGAGGGGGACACAGAGAAGGGCAUUCCAGGAGCAGAGAUGAGGAGCAACAUGGCACAUGUGUCAAAGGCAGGUUGUUUGGGAUGGUGAUGGUGAAGGGUACCUGUGAGGGCUGGGGGUAGACCUGGGCAGGUGGUCACAGGCUUUCUAUACCACACCAGGAAUUUAGAUUUUUAUCCCCAAGGCCACUGGGGCCAUUAGAAGAUUGAGAGUAGGGAGUGGCAUGAUUGAAUUUCUAUUUCGGAGGAGUUAUACUGGCAGCAGUGUGAAGGAUGCAGUAAGAGGGGCCAAGAUGGUGGGCAGGGAAGUGUCGUAGAAGGCCACCUCAGUCAUCCGGGUCAGAGACCGUACUCCGCGUUGUCGCUCACGCCUCUUGCUGGCAGGAGCGCAUGGCGCCGCCACUCGAACUACUGCAGCUCCCGCAGCUGCUCCGGCAGGGACGCGGGGGCCGCAGGGUCCUCUCACACCACGAAAGCGAGGAUGAGGUCGCUGAGAGCCGGGAGCGUGAAGAGAGAAGCGGCCCAAGGAGGAGACGCAGGUGUGAGAAGUGGAAGACGAGUCUGUGAGGAGUGCGGGGAAGUCACAGAGGAGCAGAGGCAGGGAUCUCCGCUAGUCAGUGAGGGAAGAGGCGGAGGAAGACAGGACUCGCGAGCGUCUCUAUUGGUGGCCGGGAGCCUGUCCCCGCCACCGCCACCUGCCUCUUCCGCACACCCUGGUUUGACUGAGUGGCGCCAGCGGAAGGCAGAGAGGGUGACUGUCUCUCCUGAGGCCGGCUUCGAUCUCGAGUGUUUGAGAAACACUUCAACUCUCAGCCAAGGACACAGGUCAGUGACAGGCGCCUUUUGUCAAGGACGCCGCCUGCGAGCCUUCGCCACAGGGACAAGCCGGCUUGUUGGAGUCAGUUGUCAAACAGUAAAACACAGGCAAAGGUGUGCUCAAAAGAACCUACCAGAUGCUGUGGUAAAAUCGAAGCCUAAUCCAUCAAGGCUUGGCAAUGAAGAAGGACUCUGCACCGUGGCGGGACAGCUAAGCCUCACAGCCAGCACUUGUUCCCAGGACUCCUCUUCCCCUUGGGGAUUUCUUACUUCCUGUGCUGUUGGCGCCACACUAAUCCCUGUAGGACACUCCUCCAGCAGCGCUUGGGCCCACAGGCCUCUGAAGGCAAAUGCUCCCUUGUUCCAGUAAACACCUUUUUCUUCUGGUCUGCUGUCACCACCACCUCACGUCCAUCCUAGCAAGUUGUCCCUGUUCUACAAUCACGUUGCUUCUGCCCGGAGCUCCAUGGUCCAUCUGAUGGAUGCCCUAAGAACAGGCGUCAUACUCAGGUGUCCGGAGCCGCAGCUCCUGAUGGCUGCCACAACCUCACAUAGCCAGCCUGAGAUGGAUGCCUGGUCAUGAUCGGGAGACAGAAAGUGCAUACUUUCUGUUCCCCCGAAAUGACAUAGCCCCCAGACCCUUUACUGCCUUCCUUAUACGGUUAUCCUUUGCCUCUCGGAGAAACCCGCCGAGCUACUGGCAUAUAAGUCUGCACUCUGUUCCUAAUAAACGAGACUUGAUCAGA